AAAAGAGUGCAUUUGCUUCUCAGCACGCUGCAAGACGCAACUGGACCUUUUCUUAUUUUUGUUUUUAGUAUUUAAAAAAAUGUGAAUAUAAGUAUUGCAUUGGAUACGUCUUUUAAGGGAGCGCGUGUUCUCCAAGACUGUUUCCCCCCUCCUUCUUCAUUCAUGCGGAAUUACGCACGAUUUCCUGGAUGAUCAUCAACACAGUUCAAUUUUUAUCAUGAGGUGUUUGGACAGCAAAGAGACUUUUUAUUCUUCUUAAUAAAUAAUAAAGUGAAAUUUCACACUAUACUGGACCCGAGCGGACUGCUCACGCCGCCACCAUGCCGGGACCCUGACCCGGUGGCCGGGGAGGGGAGCCGUUUCGUGCCCACACCGCCGGUCCCGGUGCGCCUCCCGGCCAAAGGCUGAUCUUGGCCAGCCAUGGCCGCUGCCAUCGCGAGCGGGCUAAUCCGUCAGAAGAGGCAGGCGCGGGAGCAGCAUUUGGACCGGCCCGCCACCAACCGGCGUCGGAAAAGCCCCAACAAGAACAAGGGGCUGUGCAACGGCAACCUGGUGGACAUCUUCUCUAAAGUGCGCAUCUUUGGCCUCAGGAAACGCAGGCUACGGAGACAAGAUCCCCAGCUCAAGGGUAUUGUGACCAGGUUAUAUUGCAGACAGGGCUACUACUUGCAAAUGAAUCCCGAUGGCUCUCUUGAUGGCACCAAGGAUGACAGCAGUAAUUCCUCUUUGUUCAAUCUCAUUCCCGUGGGCCUCCGAGUCGUCGCCAUCCAGUCUGUGAAGACGGGCUUGUACAUCGCCAUGAACGGGGAGGGUCAUCUCUACACAUCAGAGCUCUUCACAGCAGAGUGCAAAUUCAAAGAGUCGGUGUUUGAGAACUACUACGUCAUCUACUCAUCCAUGUUAUACCGACAGCAGGAGUCGGGUCGGGCCUGGUUCCUUGGUCUCAAUAAGGAGGGUCAAGCCAUGAAGGGGAACCGAGUGAAGAAAACCAAACCAGCCGCUCAUUUCCUGCCUAAGCCAUUAGAAGUUGCAAUGUACCGAGAGCCAUCCCUGCACGACGUUGGAGAGACGGUGCCCAAAGUGGCGGUCCCGGCAAGUAAAAGCACAAGUGAGCCUGUGGUGAUGAACGGAGGUAAACCUGUAAGCAAGCCCGACAAGCCCGCCACAUAGCCACGCCCAACCUCACCCCCCUUGACUGUUUGCUGUGUGCCGGGGUGAUGGCGGAAGGCCUUUUCCCCCUCGCUGGAGCGUCUUUCCUCGGUGGAUCCGGGCGAACCUUUCCUCCGUUUCUUCUCCCGCUCCUCCAACUUUGUCUCUGCCUUGUCCUCACCCUUUAUUCCAGCUGUCUGGUGGAGGGAUUUUUAGGUUGAGUCUGGGGGAGGGUCCUGGGAGGGUGGUGGGGUAUUUCCCCCCCCCCAGUACAGGAGGACAAUAACUGACCUCUCUGAUCCUGGAAUGCCUUUAAAAAUUCCUCUGCAACUGUGAGGUUGUGGUUUGUUUUACAGCCACUUUGCUUGCUGAGGGUUCAUAUAAAAAAAAAACUAAGGAAAAAAAAAACCACCUUGUUCCCUUCUUUGAUGCCCUAUUGCAGAGGAAGACCUAUUUUCUAUACCACGGUUCACCAGCUAUGUUCUGGGAUAGCGGCUGUAUAGAUAGAAUAAAUAUGUGGACGACUGUCCUCUAUUUUUUAAUAAGUAUAUUCUCCUUCCUCUCUUCCCUUUUCUAGAACCAGUCACAAACUUUCCACUUUGGCCCCAGAAACACACGCAACCAACUACAUACACGCAUACAAAAAUGAUCGAAUAUUGCUUUUUUAUUUACCUUCCAGCACCUGCAGUCAGUGAUGGAGUGCUAGUUGCCACCACUGCAACAAUCAGUGCGACGGGGCUCUCCAUGAACACAUUUGCAAAAAGGGAUGUGGGUGGGGAAAGCGGCGUACGGGAAUGCUGUCUACAUAUCACACAAGUCCCACCAAGCUUUAGUUCAGCGCUCCGCCUUCUCUGGUAAAUCUAUUUUUCUUGAAGUUUAUUACCAAGCGCAGGCUGGAAGAAUAUCUCUCGGCCUUGUGGGCCUCCGGCUUCUUGAAGGUCUUAGGCUCGAGACUAUUUGCCGAGAUAAACUGUACGACAUAGGCAGGCAGCCCUUCAGCGGCAGCAUCCACAACACUUUCAACAUUUACCGGCUGCAUCUACCGAUUAAAGCAUGGGCAAGGUUGAUCUUGUGUUCUGUCUCUCUCUUGCAACAACCUAAUAUAUAUUGUACCAUUUUCAUUGUAUAAUAUAAAAGUAUGGGGCGAAGGGGGGGUGGUAUACUCAAAAGACGUUUUUAAACAAAGUAGGUUAUUAUUCAAGAGGAAUCGUGUCCUAGCUCAGCAUGCAGUACUGAUCGUUCUGGCCUAUCACGUGCCUGUUUUCAAACUCGAUUUUACCGGCAUACAAAAACCGGUUCCCAGUCCCUACUGGGCCAAAGGUGCCUCGCCCACCCAAACACCCACCCAUCCAUUUACAGGACACGUAGCAUUGUUAGCAUAGCGAGACUCACCCUGCUCACUCUGAAACGACCAAAGGCUCCCCCAACCCCACCCCAAACACCCACGAGGAAGAUUCUGGGAAAAGUCCUCUUAACUCAUCAACGCUUUCACUGUGAUAGCUUUUGGUUUCUGAACCCUCCUGAGAUCUUUGCGUGACCGCCGCCCUGCUCUCUCCUACUCCUUUGAAAAGUCUUAACUUGAUGUCAUUUUUGCAGGUUUGUCUACCCUCAAUUAGUCACGUGCAUGUAUUUUCAGAGGUGUCGGGAUAUACAUAGUGUAGGACUUGACAUGGGCAUGUUGCAGGCUACGGCACCCUCACAAGCUAUUCUGCACUUUCACAUUGUUACUCUCGUCAUGACUGUUAGCAAAUGAUGACCAAUCUUUGACAUUUUGAUUGGGCUUUUCCGACUCGGUUGAGAAAUGUCACCUUUUUACAUUUAUCUUAAUAAAAUAGGACCGGCCGAGGACAUUAGUUUUGAUUUGUUAGUAUGAAUAGAUGCAAGAGCUGGAAAACAUUGUAAAUGCAUUUGUCUGUGUAAAUUCUCCGUUAUCCAGGUCGUGACAAUCCACAUAUUUGAAGAGAAGGUAACUGGACUUUUAGAAGAAUUUUAGUUGCCUCCUACAACACUUUAAAGACAACUAGACCUUUUUCUUGUUGAACUGGACUCCCGUUCAACUAGACAAAGUAUCGGCUGUUCAACAACAACUUCUGUUCCCUUCUGCUUCUUCUAAAUAAAUUUCUCGAUUGUUAACCUGGAUCAAUUGAAACGUUGACAAAGUCGAGUUGCUUUCUAUUAAACUUUGAAAGCAAAUUGACGCUUUGAAUUCUAUACAACUUUGAAACAAUCAAAAGCAAGUCUAGUUCAAUUCUACUAACACAUCAAGACAGUCCAGUUGCCUUCUAUUAGACUUGGAAAAUAAAUGACUUCUUCUUGGUUAUUGUUCGGGACUUCUAUUCAAAGUCCACCUCCCUUCAAUUCAACUUCAAUGGCAAGUCCAUGGCAAUUUUCAAAUUUGUAAAUGGCUCCCAUGUUAAAAUGUGUUUAGAUUCACUUAGCCUCUUUCAUUUCUGGCAUAUUUCUCAUAUGGGUUGUGUGUGAUGUCAAAGUUCAUUUUGUUCGGCGUACUGUACUUGCACGUUCUUGUUUAUGAUCAUUUUGUCCCAUUUUUUUGCAUGGUGGAGAGAGGUGUCGACGAACUGCAUGUAACGUAGGAUAUGUCUAUCACCAACUGUUGGUAUGUAUCGCUACAUUAAAAAAAAAAGAAAAAAACAAGACAUAUAUGCAAAGGGUUUGUCGACACUGUACAGUUUGUUUGAUGUACACGCAUACAACACAUUAAAUAUUUAUGUGAGCGAGUGCUGUAAUUUUACUAUGUAAUGUGCAAUAGAGUGUGCAGUAUAUUUUUGGACCUGGGAGAGGUAGCAAAUAUAAAGGAGUAUUAGGAACACACUGAAAAGAAAAAGAUGAGAACAUGACUUCUUUUCUCUCUAAAUUUUACAACUUUAUGCUCAGUGUCUUUCCUUUCAGUGUGACCUAAUAUUCAUUAAAAAAAAAAAAAAAAAAACGGGAGAAAAAAAUUCUGAUUGGUCCCCUUUCUCAAGUGUGGCACUUUACGGACAAAAGGGUUAGAAAACACCGCUUAAAUAAUUAUGUAAUCACCCUGCCUCUUAGGAACCUGACCUAAGCCCCAUUAAACUCAUAAAUGCUCCCCUGAAUGGAUGAGGAUUCGCACCUGUUGAAGAUACAAAAGGGGGACCAAAUUUAUAUUUACUUCCAUUUUCACUUCCAGUUCAAGGGCCACAUGUCCCAUUACUUUAGUGCAUAUAG